AUGCUCCCCACCACGCCCAUACCCCCUCCUCAUGCCCCCCAUGCUCUCGUUACCUAUUUCCUCCCCGCCCAUGCUCCCACCACGCCCAUACCCCCUCCUCAUGCCCCCCAUGCUCUCGUUACCUAUUUCCUCACCGCCCAUGCUCCGUCGCCCUUGGCAGAUCUCGUCCAGGAGAAGUGGACGGCGGCCUCGAAUCCCCAAGCAGAGCGCCCUAUUACCACGACGCCCCAAGAGCCCCGAACACCGCCUCCGCCCCCAUGCUGUUCCUCCUCCAACGCUCCCUUCGGCUGCGAACCCGCGGCCUCCCUUCCCGACCCCGCUGAGGGCUUCCCUCGGCGCCGCCUAGCUGUCGAGGGCGAACUUAUCUCUCCUCUCACUCACUCCUAA